AUGAGUGCCGGUGCCCCGUGCCGGACGUGGUUCGGCCCAGCAGCAAAGACACCUCGGACCACCUUCGUCAGCAGGAUGGCUCAAUUAUGGUUGUUGGUGUUAAUGUCCGCAUUUGUCGUAGCUACGAUAGAAGACAUUAAGGAUGAUCGCCGAUUUAUAUCACACAACGAUCUUCUUUCAACUGCGAAUCGGUUUACGGACACCAAUGUAACUUCAUACACCCGAAUGCUGAUCGAUGUAUCCGGUGAACAAAUUAUCGUAGGAGCAAGAGAUUACCUGUUCCGGUUUUCAAUGAACCUGGUAGAGAAAGAACGAGCUCCGUGGGAGGUGCCGGCCAGUAUGCAUGCACUCUGUGUGCAGAAGGGUCAAUCGGAGGACGCCUGCCAUAACUACGUGAUGGUGUUGCAGAACUACGGCAGCCAGCUGUACGUCUGCGGUACUCACGCGUUCAAUCCACGGUGCACCGUGCGCCACAUGGAGGACCUUUCCGUGACCAGGAACGAUGACGGUGUGGCGAAAUGUCCGUUCAACCCGAACGCCAACAUGACCGCGCUAAUAUCCGAGACGGGUCAGCUGUUCGUCGGUACGGCGACCGACUUUUCCGGGCUCGAUUCCGCCAUUAUGCGAUCGGACAUUACGGAGAACAACUCGCGCAUCCUGCGCACCGUCCAGUACAAUUCCCUCUGGCUGAACGAACCACAGUUCGCGGGGAGUUUCGAGUACGGUGGGUUUAUUUAUUUCGUGCUGCGUGAAGCCGCCGUUGAGUACAUGAACUGUGGGAAGAUCAUCUACUCGCGGAUAGCACGCGUUUGUAAGAACGAUCCCGGCGGUACGCUAGGCAUCCUGAAGGACAACUGGACGUCUUUUGUGAAGGCACGCCUCAACUGCUCGCUGCCCGGAAAUUAUCCAUUCUACUACAACGAGGUGCAGGGCAUGGUGUAUUCGCAAGAUGAAGGCGUUCUGUAUGCGACCUUCACCACUCCAGAGAACAGCAUUCAUGGGUCGGCCAUCUGUGCGUACAACAUGUCCGCCAUACAAACUGCCUUCGACGGUGCCUUCAAGUACCAGGAAUCGAAGGGAGCGGCCUGGCGCGGUCAGGAAGUCAACAAUCGGGAUCACUACGAGUGUCGCGGUGCUGGAGCAACUGGACGCCACAUGUCACUGAUCGAAUCUUCCAAAUAUCAGCUAAUGGAUCAAGCCAUCCAACCGAUCACGGGACGUCCACUGUAUCACACGGAACUGGAGCGGCUGAGUCACAUAGCGAUCGAUAUCAUUCCCACCAAGCUGCACGAGCGUGUGCACAUCAUCUACGCAGCAACCGAUGCUGGUACGAUCAAGAAGAUCUCGGUGCUGCCCCGCACGAAAGACACGUGUGUGAUCGAAAUCUGGCAACCGGAGGAACUUCCGGAAACACCCAUCAAGGUGAUGCAGUACGUGAAGGAUACGGAAUCACUGUACGUCGGUACGGAGCGAGCACUGAUGCGCAUUCCGGCGAACCACUGCGGGCGUCAUCUGUCGCGAGCGAGCUGCCUUAACUCGAUGGAUCCGUACUGUGGAUGGAACGAGUUGCAGGAGGCGUGCACGAUCGCUCCAAACGGAGACACACUCGCACGGUACUGGGUGCAGAAUGCGACCGAAUGUCCCGUACUGACAGCACCUGUGGAUGGUGGUUGGUCGGCGUGGUCCGGUUGGUUCCGAUGCGCACAAUCGCCCGGUCAGGCAUCGACCGGAGGUGCAGGCGCGACUGGUGACGACUUCGGUCCCAAUGCAGACAGUUGUCUGUGUAGGACGCGAACCUGUAACAAUCCACCGCCGAAGAACGGUGGUCGUGGCUGCACCGGUAUGCAUAUUGCCGUCACCAACUGUACCGUGCACGGCGGAUGGACGGAAUGGUCCGCUUGGUCGGCUUGCUCGCAGACCUGUGGUAUGGCGGUGAAGACACGGCGUCGCACCUGUGGCAAUCCGAAGCCAGCGCAUGGUGGCCGGGUGUGUGUGGGACCGGAUCGGGCGGAAAUAUACUGCUCACAUCUACCACCGUGUCCGGCCCCGAAGCAACCGCCCGUCGAUGGUGGCUGGGGCCCGUACGGUGACUAUGGUGAGUGUAACGCCGUGUGCGGUGGUGGAUUCCGGAUAAGGCGCCGCAAGUGUGACAACCCGGUACCGCAGAACGGAGGUAUGGAUUGUUCGGGCUGUCAUUUUGACUACGAGCUGUGCAAUAGCCAGGCGUGUCCGGAAGUCCGAAAGGCGGGCACUUGGACACCGUGGUUAACAGUGUCCAACGGAACGAUCCCUAACGGUGGAUACGUGGAGAAGCGGUUCCGGUUUACUUGCAAAGCUGCGAUAGCUGAUUCGGCACUGCUGAAGAUUACACCGAAGGAAGAGGUACGCGUGUGUCAGGCGGACGGGUCCUGUCAGCGUUUGGUUGAUCCAAAUGCACUUGCGACGGGGUUGGCGGGCGGUGAGGACGGAGAGGAUGGAUGGAGCGAAUGGAGCUCCUGGAGUCCGUGCAGCGCGUCGUGCGGUGGCGGAUAUCAGCAUCGCACACGCACCUGCGAAAAGCUGGAGUGUGUUGGUUUUAACAAAACACGGCGAGCGUGCAACACGCAACCAUGCAGAGGCGAAUGGGGAUGCUGGACAGAUUGGUCACCGUGUUCGGUUAGUUGCGGUACUGGCACACGUUCCCGAUCGCGUCAAUGCCUUUCGAUGUCGGGUAGUGUUACGCCCGAGAAUGAUUGUGAAGGCAAAAGCGUCCAGUACGAGAGUUGCGAUAUGCCGACUUGUGACUCAUUCCUCGGAUGGGGUGAGUGGAGCGAAUGGUUACCGUGCAAUGCGGACAAUGAGAAGAUUCGCACCCGGACCUGUCUGCAGCCACAUUCCGUCUCGCCCACCGGUGAGCUCACGUGCCAGGGCAGUGAUCGCGAACUGCGCAAGUGUAACAUCGAGCAAGCAAAUGAUGUUCCACUGCCACCGGCGGCCGUGUACGUGUCAUCCAUUUCGGUCAUUUUGAUCACUGUGCUGGUAACGAUGGUAGUAUGCUGCAGUGCCAGCAUUGUCGGCACUGUAGUAUUCAUGAACAAGAAAAAGAAAGGACUGAAAGCGAUCCAGGGUUCACCGUGCUAUGGUUCUUAUCCCAACCAAUACUCGUCACUACCGACCAAGGAUGUUAGUAUGGAUUUAAUGUACACCGAUGGCGGCCAUAAACCUAAGCGACAAUCGUCCUUCAAAGGUUCGCGGAACGAUGCGAGUGGAUCGAAGCUUUCCAAUGGCACCGGUACGCUGGUUAAAUCGAUCAACGUGAACGGUGGCCCGCUCGGUAACAACACACCGAAGAUACUGUCGAAAUCGUUCAACGAAACCGACACGGCCACAAUCAAGCGCAAUUCCCACGGUCCCAACAACAUCCGGCAUGCCCGCCAGCUUGAAAUGGACGAGGACAAGUACUGA